AUAAAAGCUCAAAAAAUCCCUAGCCUCCCUCCUCCUCCUCCUCUGAGCCCUUCCUCAACAAUAUAUACUCCUACCCACCUUCUCUCUUCCCACCGCCUCAUUCUUUCAAUCCUCUCUUUCCCUCCACAUACUAAUUUCUUUCUAUUCAUCCGCAUGGCUGACACCGGAGUUGUCACCGUUUACGGUAAUGGAGCAAUAUACGAGACGGCGAAGAAAUCAUCUCCCUUCUCUGUCAAGGUGGGUCUGGCCCAAAUGCUCCGCGGCGGGGUCAUCAUGGACGUUGUGAACGCUGAGCAGGCCCGGAUUGCCGAGGAGGCCGGCGCUUGCGCAGUCAUGGCACUGGAGCGUGUUCCGGCAGAUAUCAGAGCCCAGGGUGGGGUGGCUCGCAUGAGCGACCCCCAGUUGAUCAAGGAGAUUAAGCAGGCUGUGACCAUCCCGGUUAUGGCCAAGGCUCGCAUCGGGCAUUUCGUGGAGGCCCAGAUCCUGGAGGCUAUUGGGAUUGACUAUGUGGACGAGUCCGAGGUGCUGACACUGGCCGACGAGGAAAACCACAUCAACAAGCACAACUUCCGCAUCCCCUUCGUGUGUGGCUGCCGGAACCUCGGCGAGGCCCUACGGAGGAUCCGAGAGGGCGCGGCGAUGAUUCGCACGAAGGGUGAGGCCGGAACCGGAAACAUUAUCGAGGCAGUCAGGCACGUGCGCUCGGUAAUGGGCGACAUCAGGGUGCUGAGGAACAUGGACGACGACGAGGUCUUCACCUUCGCCAAGAAGAUCGCCGCGCCGUACGACCUGGUGAUGCAGACCAAGCAACUCGGGAGGCUGCCCGUCGUUCAAUUCGCAGCGGGCGGGGUGGCGACCCCAGCCGACGCCGCACUGAUGAUGCAGCUGGGCUGCGACGGCGUGUUCGUGGGCUCCGGGGUGUUCAAGAGCGGGGACCCGGCGAGGCGAGCCCGGGCCAUCGUGCAGGCGGUGACUCAUUACAGCGACCCAGAUGUGCUGGCGGAUGUGAGCUGCGGCUUGGGCGAGGCUAUGGUGGGGAUUAAUCUCAAUGAUGCAAAGGUGGAGAGGUACGCAAACAGGUCCGAGUAGAAAAAAAAAAAAAAAAAAAAAAACAAUGGGUAAUAAGGACGAGAAAUAUAAAGGCUUCUCUGGAAAAGUCUCACAAUUUCAAUGCCCAUUUGUACUAGUUUUUGCUCUGAUGUUGUUUUAUUUUCAUGUAAUUCUGGUUGGAAAUACCAUGUUGUAGAAUUUGGUCA